UUUUGAAAGCUUGACUGCCUGCAAAAUUCGAGAUUUCGAGUAAAAACUUUUCAACUGUUUAAAAGUGACAUUGUCAAAAAUCGGCAAAAUGAAUGACGAAACUGAUGACGAAAUCGACGAUUCCCCUCCUAGAAGCUGUCCAAGUGUCCCUCAACGCUAUAUUGUAACCCUAAUGGUUUUCCUGGUUUAUGUGUCAACUUUUAGUUCUCGCGAUACCAUCCUCGUGGCUGACGAUUACUUUGCAAACAUAGUGACCAUAAAUAGAACCCAUGAUUUGAAAGGAACUUGUCCCGAUUUGGUUCGAAAAGAGGAGGAGAAUUUCUUUCAAAAAUUUGAGAAAACUGUGAUUUGGAAACAGAGCGACUUUGACUCGAUUUAUACUUAUUUCCAUUUGGGUUACCCAAUUUCGAAUUUGAUUGGUGGAAUUUUUGCGAAUAUGUAUGGGGGUAAACAAAUGGUAGCUCUUGGACUGUUUCUGGCAUCAGUUUUGACCAUAAUCAUCCCAUGGUACAUACAAGUAAUCAAUGGUAGUGCAACAGCAAUGAAAAUUCUAUCAACAACUUAUGGUUUGUGUCAAGGCCUUUUGUACCCAUCAGGCUUCCAUAUCCUUGCCCAUUGGGUACCACUUUCUGAACAAACAUUUCUGAUUAUUUUGGCCUACUCGGGGCUUUAUGUCGGGGAUAUAAUAAGCAGUAUGUGUACACAUUUGAUAAUCAACGCGUUUCUUAAUUGGAAGACUCCAUUCUACAUCUAUGGAGCAAUUGGGAUUAUUGUGACACUAUUAUGGGAGCUUUUGGUCUUUUCCAGUCCCAACAAAAACCCAAGAAUUCAACCCAACGAACGUUUGUACCUUGAAAUCGAGAUGAAGGGUUUGGUCGACCACCGUCCCAAAACCAUCCCUUUUUCCCAAAUAUUGACCUCAAUUCCGGUCUGGGCCUUCGUUGUUGCCUCCAUAGGGAAUUUAUGGAUAUGGAACCUCCUCUCAAAUCUUGUCCCAAUCUACUUACAAGAGGUUUUGAAAUACAAUGAUAGCGAGACCAGAAUUAUGAGUAACAUACCAAAUUUUGCCUUGAUUUUGACCAUGACAGCGAUGGCUUUUUUCUCUGAUUGGGUCCUCCAUCAUGGGUAUAUUAACCGUUUAACCGUUCGCAAAGUUUUCAAUACUAUAGGGUUGAUGGGACCACCCAUUUACAUGCUGACUGCGUCUUAUGCUGGUUGUAAUCGGCUAGGGGCCCAAAUUUUGUUUUUAAUUUCCAAGACUUUGACGGAGUUUAUUUGUUUGGGGAGUUUUCUCAUGCCUUUGGAUAUGGCGCCCAAUUAUUGUGGAUUUUUAAUGGCCUUAGGCAAUGGAUUUGGGAUGUUUACGGGGUUUUUUCAAGAUUAUAUAUUGCAUGUUCUUGUUCCAGAUGGUACGAUUGGACAAUAUAGGAGACUAGCAUGGUUAGCCUUGGUUAUAGCUAUUGUCACAAAUGGCGUUUUUAUUGGUUUUGGAAGUACCAACUUACAAAAGUGGAAUCAAGUACGAAAAAUUAAGUAAUUGUUAACUUUUUUAAUUGUUACAAUAAAAAAUAAUUAUAU